AUGGCGAUGCAGCCACCCGCGCCGCCCGUGGAUCGGAGCCGGAGUCCCUUUGGCCACGCAGGAUUCCCAGCGCCUGUCCCGCCGAGGCCUCAUCUGGUGCGCGUGGCAGCGAUCCAGCCUAAAGGUUCGGUCCCGCUACCGCCUGCCUUCAAUGCACCUCCACCUCUGCGGCCGCCGGUCCCAUCGGAGGAGCUUGGUCCUGCGGCCCGGGAGCUGCAGCAUCUCAUCCAGAAGGAGCCGCCGAAGACUGAGGAGCAGCUGAAAUUGGAGGCCAAUAUCCGGCUACAGCAAGCUGUCGAGCGCAACGAGGGCUACCUCAAAGCGCACGUGGGCUACGACAUCAACGGGAGCGACGUGGGCUCCUACACCGUAGUGUCUGCUGAGUCCUUGGGCGUCGGCGUCUUCUCUGUGGUCUGGCCCUGUGCCGACAAGGAGAACAAGCUUGUGGCAAUGAAAGUGAUCCGACAUCAGGACCACUUCCGCAAGUAUGCCACCCGAGAGGUGGAGGUGCUCAAGAGGGCUGCGGAACUGCAGGAGCAGGAUCCCGAGGGAGCAGCCCUCGUGUCACUGGUUCGGGACACCUUCGUCCACAAGGUUCCCAGCCCUACGGGCGAGCUGGAGUACCUGUGCAUGUGCUUUGAGAAGCUGGAAUCCAACCUCCGCAAGAUCGGCAAGCAGCCGCUAGAGAAGGUGCUCCACUUCGGGAAGCAGAUCAUGCGCUCCUUGAGGCAGAACCGAAAGCAGAGAUGCCGGGCAUUGCAGACCAAAGCCUUGUGGCUUGAGGCUUUGCAGCCCACAGACUUUGAGGCUUACAGACGGAGUUUCAUUCGCCUAGACUUCGGUGAUGGAGCUAAACUGAAGGCAGGCGAAGCCAGACCCGGCGAAAUUGUGCUGGCGCUCACUGCAGAAGAACUGCAGGCAUGGGCCAGCGCAGAGGGUCUCAAGGGUGUGACUGUGCUGAUGCUCAAGCAGCGCCUACAAGGCAUUUGCGGACUCUCGAGAUUCCGACAGAGGAUUCUGGCGGCACGCAGCGCAGUGCUGCACGACGUCAUCCAUGUGCAGGCGCCCGGAGAGCUGCAGCUGGCGCUCCUCCCUUUUGCAGAGGCCUCCAAGCCAGAGAUCGCUGCGCUCCUCCUGGCAUGCCAUGAAGAGGACUUCGAUCUCGUGGACGAAAUCCUCCACAGGCCUCAAAAUCCAGAUCUCAGCAACGACAGGGGCUUAACGGCAUUGGUCGCUGCAACGGAAGUUGGCAAUGCAGAUAUCGCCACCCUCCUGCUGGAGGCAAACGCGGACAAGAACUUGGUCGACAGUUUCGGAGCCACGGCUCUUUCCGUCGCAUGCGAAGGACGAUUUACACAGGUCGCGAAUGUCCUGAUCGAGGCCCGUGCGGAUGUAAACAAGGCCAAGCUCCAGGGCGAAGCGCCUUUGCUGACGGCCUGCCGGACUGGUGUGCAAGCCAUUGUCGAGGUGCUGCUGCGAGCCAGAGCCAAUGUGAACCAGGUGAAUGACAACGGCGAGAGCCCUCUCUACCACGCUGCGAGACAAGGUCAGUGGGGUUGUGCCCGCAUUCUACUGGAAGCUGGAGCACAGACGGAUCUUUGCAGCUGCAACGGAAAGCAUUCGGGUGGCACACCGCUCUUCGUAGCUUCUUCCAUUGGCUCCCUUCAGAUCGUGGACUUACUCCUGCGCUUCCGAGCGGACACGGAGAAGGCCACCGACGCCGGAAGUACUCCGCUAGGAGUUGCGUUUGACAUCAACCGCCUGGAUGUGGUAAAGCUGCUCUUGGAAGCGGGUGCUGGCAAGAAGAUGAGCCGAUCAGCGAGCAUCGUCCUGGACUUUGCGGCGAGAGUGCGGCCCAGGGAUCGCCUGCUUUGCGCUGCAGCUCGGGCGGGAGACCUCGAGGUGGCGUCGCUGCUACUGGAGGCCCAUGCAGAGAUUGACACCUUCGACCCUCGCGUGGAAGAAGGCCCCCUGAGCGAAGCCUGCGCCUUCGGAUGUCUUGACAUGGCCCGCAUGCUGGUGGAGGCCGGGGCCGAUGUCAAUGGAAGAGCUGAAGUUUCUGGUCUUUUCUAUGCAUGCCAAUAUGGCCACCUAGAUGUGACGAAGCUGCUGUUGGAGGUCCGUGCGGACGUUCACCAAUGCACCCUUGGCGGAAUCUACCCUCUCAUGGCAGCAUGUGGAGGUGGGCACAUGGAGGUGGUCCAGCUGUUGCUCGAGGCUUCGGCCCAGAUUUUCGAUGUGGGCAACCAUGGCGAGUCGGCACUUUCCGAAGCCUCACGGCACGGCCACGUGGAUUUGGUCCGUCUCUUGCUGGAGAGAGGUGCAUGGGCCGCCAACUCUUUCGUCGAUCCACUGAUGGGCCCAGAUCAGCUGGAAUCGCCCCUUACUGCAGCUGCCGGCUGGGGUCACGUGGAGGUGCUUCGCCUUCUGCUGGAGGCCCGGGCUGAGGUGAACCAUGUCCACGAAGACGGGGCGACGGCUCUUUGCGAGGCAGCGAGCUACGGCCAUGUCCUAGCGACCCAGCUGCUGCUUGAGGCGGGCGCUGAUGCCAACGCCGCUGAAGCGGGCCAGGACACACCUCUUAUUUCAGCGUCCGCCUACGGCCACCUCGAAGUUGUCCGCCUGCUGCUGGCAGCCUGUGCAGAGGUCGGCCGAUCGGUCGGAGGAAUUGCUCUCGCCGAAGCAGCCUACUUCGGACAUCUCGACGUGGUCCGCGAGCUCGUUCGGGCUGGUGCUUAG